AUGGAAACAAUAAAUACAGAUGAAGAUAUUAAUACUUUAAGCGUGGAUACUAUAGAUGAUGAACAUGAUGAUAGUCAAAUUUUAUUUAGUGAUGAAGAUAAAACAAGCGAUCUAGAUAUUCAAAAUGUUCCUAAUGUGGCGAAUAGCACUAAUGAAUUACUUGAUUCUGAAACAGUAGAUGAAACAUUAUCUGAAGCACUUGAUGAACCAUUAAUUAAUUCUGAUGGCGUAAUUACCAAUGAAAUCCCAGUGGGGAAUGCUGAAAUUUUAAGGCAAAUAAUUAUAUUAUAUUCGAAGAUUAAUAUGAUAAGAUUUAAUAGUAUGAUUUCUAAAUUUUCAGAUUCUAUUAAACCUAUAAUACAUUAUCCAUUAGCUCACAAUGCCAUAACCUAUAGUAAAGUAAUAACUGACAAAUUAGAAAAUAGCCGUAUAUUCCUUCUAAAAUAUAAGGAAGAAUUAGAAAAUCUCCAAGUCGUACAAAGGUUAAGAGAAUAUACCAUGAAUAUGCAUAUUGGGGAUAACCCUUUGCAAUUACUAAUGAUAACAUUUGCAGCUUUAAUCAUUAGUUUUUUAUUGCCAAGAAUUUUUAAAAGAAUUAAUAAUAAUAUAAAACUUCCCAUACCAUGCACUAAUGAAGAACAUAAAAAUAAAUCAGAAAAAGAUGUAGAUAAUAUAGAAGAAUCUGAAGAAUGUAAAGAGGAAUUAUGGGAAUCCUGGAAAUCCGAUUUAGAUUACAAUUUUGAAGAAUUCAAUUCUAAAUUAGAAGAUGAUGCAAAAAAAAUGAUUGAGGUUAAAGGUAAAGAAUGGAAUCAGUGGAAAGAAAAUUAUGAAAAUAAAUGGAUGCAUUAUAAUGAAAAUUUAGAAAGAGCAUAUAAAAAAAAUAUUCUUACAGAAUCAUCAGACUUUGAUGAUGAACAAUGGGCAGAAUGGGUAAAAAACGAAGUUGAAAAAUCCAUGGAUUUAGAAUUCAAAAACUGGUUAUUAAAAAAUAAAUAUAAUAUGGAUAAAUGGGCUAGGCGCGAAUGGGAUAAUUGGAAAAAAAAUAUAUUCGAUGAAUGGCUAUCAUCUGAUUGGAAAGUUCGUGAGGAUAAAUAUUGGAAGAAAUGGAAAUAUAUUAAUAAACGGCUUAUUAAAUUAUAUAAGUCGAAAUUUAAAAAUAUGAAAAAAUGGGAAAAUAGAUUAAAUAAAGAAUCACUUGAAUGGAAAGAAUGGGUAGAAGUUAAAAAUUACUUUUUUACGAAUAAGAAAAGUAACGAGUGGGAAAAAUUUGAAAAUGAUACAAUCCAGAAUUAUGAAGAAUGGCGUAAUGAAUUUAUAGACAAACUAAUAAAAGAAAAGAAAUGGAAUCUUUGGAAAGAUGAAAAAGAAAAUUAUAAGCCCCCAAAAAGAAAAUUAAAAGAAAAGGAGAAAACAGAAAAGGAGAAAACAGAAAAGGAACAAAAAAGCGAUUUGAAUAAUUCAUCAUCCAAAAACCCCAACUCACCAAAUACAGAAAACAAUGCUUUUAAUUUUGUAUAUAAAUUUUUUAAACAAUGGAAUACUCCAUUUUCUAAUUUUAAGCCAGAAUAUGGAAGUAGGAAUAAUUUGAAUACUGCAAAUCGAUAUUAUAUGGAAUCUAAUAGAAAUGAUAAUAAUUUGAAUACUGCAAAUCGAUAUUAUAUGGAAUCUAAUAGAAAUGAUAAUAAUUUGAAUACUGCAAAUCGAUAUUAUAUGGAAUCUAAUAGAAAUGAUAAUAAUUUGAAUACUGCAAAUCGAUAUUAUAUGGAAUCUAAUAGAAAUGAUGAUAAUUUGAAUACUGCAAAUCGAUAUUAUAUGGAAUCUAAUAGAAAUGAUGAUAAUUUGAAUACUGCAAAUCGAUAUUAUAUGGAAUUUAAUAGAAAUGAUAAUAAUUUGAAUACUGCAAAUCGAUAUUAUAUGGAAUCUAAUAUAAAUGAGAAUAAUUUGAAUACUACAAAUCGAUAUUCUAUGGAACCUAAUAGAAAUGAGAAUAAUUUGAAUACCCAUAAUAAUGAUUAUAAUUUAUUAAAUAAAGCUUGUAAUUUUUGGAAAAGUAUAAAUGGAUCCACAGCCUCACUAAAUGAUAAUUGUAAUCAUCGAGAUUUCCGAAAUACUAAUUUAAAUACGUCAAAUAGACGAAAUUGGAAAUGGAAUAAUCGAAAUGGACCUCCUAAAUCGACAUAUGAAUUUAGGAAACGCCCGAAUACUCAAAAUAGUGAUUACAACCCAAUGGUUGGUAUAUUGAAAUAUAUGGAUACUCAAAAUAACCAUUAUAACCUAUCAAAUGUAAAUUGGAAUCAUUAG